AUGGGGACACACUAUGGACACGGACAGCAGCCUCAGUACGCGAAUUACGGACACGGUCACCACCACCCGCACACGCAGCAUCAUCAUCCCCAUCAUCACCAGAACCAACAACCCCUUCACCACGGCCAUCCAAACUACCAUCUUGCCCAUCAUCAACAGCCACAACAAACCAAUCCUUGGCCGACAUUGGGACAGCAGCAGCAAUCGACAAAUGGAGCUGCCGCCAACUCAAACGCCCAAGCUACCACGGAGAUCCAUGAUUUUUGGAAGUCGAGGCUGGCGCCUUUGCCAGGUUUCGUGUCUCGCCCUGAAUUGGCACCAGCGAGAGGUACGGGUAUCGUCCACCCUGCACCGCCUGCGAAUGCUGCGAAGAAAAACCCCAAUGCAGUCGUGAUCAAGAGGCCAGACGGAAGUGUAGUUGGGUCGGGGCCGAACAAGGACGGCGGAAAAGUGAAGAAUUCGAAGGAUAAGGAGAAUGCCAAUCCGAAUGGGGCCACGAAGACGGGUCUGAAGGACAAGAAACUAUCGUUGGUCCCUCCGCCUUCCUUUGCCGGUGCUAUGUCGGUGGUCAAUGGUGCUUCACCCAGUCGGCCCGAGGGCGAACAAGCCAGCCCGUCUGUCUCACCUUCUCCUUCGUCUCGGGGUGGCGGAGAGGAAGGUAUCCCAGCUCUCUCACCGAUUGACGAGAGAGAGGAAGAUGAACUGGAGGCUGAGAUAGAGAAACUGCUUUUGGAGAAAGACGGCGACGAUGGAGGGGAGAAAGAUAUGGAACUUGAGGCCGAGGACGAGCUAAUCUCCCCCACGCAACUUCACGACGAGACUGUCCUUGAUAUCUACGCGGAUCCGUUCAUCCCGCAAUGGCUCAAGGACGUGCAAUCCCAACAUCACACCCUCGCUCCUGUGCCUCCGAUCCCCAUUUUUCCGUCCGUGUCAUAUCUUCAGAACUAUCUGCCUCAAAGAAUGGUGGAAGAGGUUAUGAAGAAGAAUAUGAGCCUCGCAUUGAUCUCGAUGCCUCCGCCUCCUCCACCGAAGCGGCAUGUAUGGACCCCUCCCGACCAACAUUCUCCAACCGCGCGCACCGUCAGCAACCUCAAUAACGCCCUUCCCCCACUUGCCAUCCAGACGUACUACCAACACUUUGUCCAUCUCCUCCGUUGGGAACUCGACGCUCUCGCCCGUCUCAAAGAGAACGUCGUCCUCUGGAAAAUCGGCGUCCAGGUUCUCAACUGGAGGGAGGACACGUUUGUCAUUUAUGUUCCGAAUGUGCGCGGUGAUAUGGACUUUGGUGGGAAGAUCGGUGUGGGCGAUUUGGUUCAUUUGCGAGAAGUUGUAGAGCUCAAAGGACCAUUGGCUGUUGGUGCCAAGGGAAACAAGGGCCCGAGAGGUGGAAUGAGCCAAGAGGAUGUCGACGUCGUCAGCGGCACCGGAACCGGGCGUGCGUUCGAGGCUCGGGUUACGGUUGUGAGAAGGAGAGAAGGCCUCGUUCACAUCACGAGUCCUACCCUUAAGCAGCAUAUCCAGACAUAUACUCCUCCAACACCCACAACGCAGUUCGAAGGCGGAUGGCCCGUCUUUGGACCAAAUGACCAACUUCCAUACCUUUUCAACGUAACGUUCAUGCUGAACUCAAGGCCGUUCUGCGUUAUGGAGCACGCAUUGGCUGCUAUCUACCGACUACUGGAUCCCGCGGGGGAUCUUGCGGGAGGGGGAACUGGAGGCCCGAGCUAUGCUCAGAUGUUGUUGAAAAACGUUCAAGCUGGUCCUCCUGGCGUACCUCCAAAGCCCAGUCCAGUAUCACCUGCUGGAAUCCCGGUGGCGAACGGGAAUGGAAGUGUGACUCCCGAACCUGUUGGAGUUAAUUUGAUUCAGCACUGGUUGUUCCCCGAAGAGGAGCAGUUGAGGACUUGUCCUCCUUUCCAGAUUGGCGAUGGAAUGAUCAAACCAGGAGAAUGGAAAGAUCACGGGCUGAAUGCGGAACAGAAGUCUGCUGUGACUUCAAUUGCUAUGUUCCAAUCCCCUGUCCCGCAUUUGAUUAGCGGGCCACCUGGAACGGGCAAGACCCGAACGGUGGUUGAGACCGUUCUCCAAAUCCUGCGAGUACAGCCUCAAGCGUGCAUUCUCCUUUGUGCACCGUCGAAUCCGGCCACGGAUACUCUUGUGCAAAGGCUCAAAGCCCACCUCUUGCCGCGGGAUAUGCUGAGGCUCAACGACCAGAACAGGACAUUUGCGGAAGUCCCUGAUGAAAUUAGGCAGUACUGCUACGUCGAAAACGACAAGUUCGCCCUUCCACAUUGGAAAACGCUUCUAAAGUACAGGGUUGUCGUCACUUCUUGUUUGGAUGCAUCGAUUCUCGCGGCUGCCCAGUUGACCAAUCUGAAUUUGAUGCAUAUGGAAGAUGAGCUCGUCAGUUCAAUUCAUCCUAGGAGGAAUCAGUUCAGUAAAACGGUCAUCGAGCCCCACUGGACCCAUCUCUUGAUCGACGAGGCUGCACAAGGCUCAGAGCCUGAACUCUUGAUUCCCAUCUCUGUAGUCGUCCCCCACGCGCAGUACGUUGGGAAGAAAGCAUUCGUGCCUCAACUAGUGUUGUGCGGAGACCCUAACCAACUAGGUCCUAUCGUCACCUCUGAAGAAGCCAGGGCGGGCGAGCUCGAUGUCUCGCUGUUGGAGAGACUGUUCGAGAGGCCAUUAUACGCCCAGGCCAAAAAUUACCGAAGCCAUCCGGUGAUCUUGAUGCCACCAUCCGCGAUAUUCUAUAAUGAUACAUUGGAACCCUGCGCAAAGAACGGUACUGUCACUUGGAGAAGGCUUCCCGUGCCUCACCUGCCCCUCAAGUUCAUAGGACACGAGCAUCCCGAAGCUACGAAUGACGAGCGAGCCACUUGGUACAACAAAGGCGAGAUCCGCAAAGUUGUGGACACCAUCAAAUCGAUGUUGGCGGAUAAUCUACUCUGUACGCCUCCCCUUCGUCCCGCUGACAUUGGCGUGAUGGCACCGUGGAGAGAGCAAGUCUGGAAGUUGCGAGAGGAACUUAGGAAGGAAAAGCUGCAUGCUGUUGAUGUCGGUACAGUGGAGGAUUUCCAAGGCAGGGAAAGUCGUGUCGUGAUCAUCAGUUGUGUGAGGAGUAAUCCUAGGUUCCUGGAGGAGGAUGCAAAGAGGGGCUUGGGUAUUUUCUGUGAAAGGAAGAGGAUGAACGUCGCCAUCACGCGAGCUAAAGAGCUCCUUGUGGUUGUCGGCAACGGAGCUCUGCUGUCGCGCGAUCCUUAUUGGAAGAGUUUCUUGCAGUUCGCACUCAGGAAUAAGCUCUACGAAGGUCCGGAACUCAGUCUCGAAUCGGACGGAAACUAUAUCUCGCGUUUGGAAAGCCAACUCUUGUAUGGAGGGGACGAGGAGCUUGAUCCUGAGGAGCAGGGGAUCCUCAUGGCUGGCGGUGUCGCCCGUGAAGUCUUGAGGGAAGACAUGUGA